CCAUCAACAAAGUAACCAACGCCGUUUGCAUCCCGUUUCUGGGACUCGGAUCUCGGAGCAAUAAACCUCCGCUACGGAGUCGACCUGGAAUCAUAUUCGGCUGAUCGCUCGGAUGAAGGAUAUAAUGGCUGAUUGACUGCAGAAACUGAAUCCAGAAUCUGUCGUUUAUAACAUUUAAUUUGUAUUUCACUUAAAUGAUGUUUACGAAAUGGCAAAUUUUGUUCGGUUUCUGCCAAUAAUUUGCUGUUAGAUAAUGUCAGAUUCUGCUGGUAUAAAACACGAGUUUAAUAUGCAGAUAUAUGGCAAAUCUGCUGCCAUGCAAUCUGUUGUCAUAUCUGCGGGCAGUUUAUUGCUUAUUGCAUGCAAGGAGGAAGCCCUAUGAAGAAUCCGAUAGAAAAACUUCUAAGAAUUCGGUAGACCUUCGAAAUGGACUUGGGAAAGUGUCUUUUAAUUUUGACGAUUAGAACAUAAUAUGUUUGCGAAAGAUACAUUUGUAGGUAAAGCUUAAAUACACAUUAAUUAUGCUAUCCUAAAUGCUCCGUAAUUUUAGGGCCUUUGACUAGCAAGACCUGCAGUGAUUGAUCUAGAGAUGUGGUCUUUUGAUAAUUAGAAAAGUCAGUAGAAUUUAUGUUCCUCUCUUACAGUUUAACGUUUGCUAUCUCUGGUAAUAGUAAUUUUUAGAUAUCCUGUACAUCUGCGGCAUGUCUUACGUACUAAUUAUAAUCUUAUACUGUAAUUAUAUACAUAUAUAUAGGUAGCAGUUGUAAAAUUGUAUUGUAUAAUUUGAUUACGUUAUAUGAUCCUAUCUUUGAUAAUAUUUACAUGUCAUUUACAGGUUUUAAAUAGCUUUCCAGUCUAUUUAAUUAAUAAUUAUUUUUUAUCAAUUAAAUGCCGAAAAGGAUAGAUGAAUAUAUUAGCAGUUACGCAAAAUAUCUAUUGUAGAUUGUAGCUGAUGUAUCUUUUUAUUUAUCAAUGAAUAUUAUGCGUACUUUAGCAACAAAUUUAUUAAUACUUAAAAGCAUAUUUAUUCUAUCACAAAUUAUUUAUAUGUUACAUUAUCUGCACGCAUUACAUCAUAUUUCGUAAUAAAUCAGAGUGAACCAUGACGGAGCACAGAGGCACAUCUUUCUUCCAUUCGUGCGUGAAGAUGCCGGUGGAUCCUUGUAGCCAGCAACCAACCCCUUCUUACGAACGUCCUCGACUGUCGUCCGGGAGCCAAAGAUCAGAGAAGGUGAAGAAAAUCAACUUUGCCGAAGGCGAAACCGUCGAAAACUCGGAGUCGUCAAGUCCACGCGACACCCUGGAGAACUUUCUGGAAUUUCUGAAGAGCAUACCUGAUUACGGGCAGGUGCACCAUUUGUCGAACGAGCAGUUUAAGCAGAAGGUCGAGUACCUGAGAAGGAAACAGCGGCUGCUUCUGCAAAAUCUGAGGAACUCACUGGAUGACGCGGAGGAGCAGCCGUUGAGUUUGUCGAUCGCGAGAAACGAGAGCUCGAAGUCAAAGAACGUCAAGCCGAACGUUCUCGUCGACGAUCUCAAGCUGAACGGCAAGAAGUGUUACCUCGAGGAAUCUAGAACUAGCAGUCCGAUUUUGUUCCCAUCCGGCAGUUUCGCCAGUCUCGCCGAGGAUCAAGAUCUGCUAACGUACAGAUGCAGAGACAAAGACAAAGAGACGAAGACAAUACGCAAUAAGGAGAUCCUCGCGGCCAAUAAGAGUUGGAGCACGUGGAGUGAGUCGAAGAGCGAUGACAGCGUGAACAGCGAUGGUGAAGACAGCAUUGAAACAAAGAGUUUACCGCCGAAUAGCUCGAAAGAGUGGCAUCCCACGGUGCCUAAGCCAUUUAGUUUCACGCUGAGAGAAGAAGCAGAAAAAUAUAUGACAGAGAUGGAAACAGUCGAGUGUGCAAAUGAGGAUAAUGGAAAGAAGAGUCCCUCGAAAAAACGACGAGUUAGACCGAUUCCUAUCACGUCCAAGAUACCGCUCUACGAUAAACUGAUGGCCGAGAAAGAGGAAAGAAGUCGCAUUGUGCGCGAGGAGAGCGCGCUGAACCUGCUGUCGCAGAUACGGCCGUUUAAGCUGGAGUGCGACCGCCGUGCCUGGCGAUCCAUGGCGAGGUCCAGUCCUGAGCUUUGCUCGAGCAAGAGCGGCUCUUCGCGUUUCAAGGCUAAACCGGUGCCGAGAAACCUGUUCGGCACCGAGGUUUACGACCGUAUGCUCGAGGACGAAUACUAUAGGCAGCUAAGGAAAAGGGUGAGGGCCGCCGAGUUGCUGAAGUCCUCUUCCUUACCGCCGUCGAUGGCGAGGCGUGAGCGUGUCAAGUCCGCGUGUGCACAUUUGCAGGAUGUGGAGGCCAACAAGGAUGAGAACGAGUCUGUCAUUCCGGCAAUAACGUCUGAGAGAACCAGGUCCGCAAUGACAUCCAUAUUGUCCUCGCGCGGAAACAAUCUGGCCGCGAUUCUGAGAUGUCAGGCUUCACGAGAGAAACUGGAGCGCGAGAUACGGGAGCGGAUGGAGGAGAAGCGACGGGAACAGAUAUUAAAGUUCAGGGAGACACUGAUUGGUCGGAAACCUGCGUGGAAGGCCUUGAGAUCGGCCGCGAGGCACGAGCACGAUAGAGACCUGGACAUGCGGACGUCCCUUCGUCGCGACGAGGCACGGGAACAGGCCGAACGUCAUCGAUUGCAGAUGGAAAUGAUGCUGGACCGCGUGACGCAAAUACCGACCCUCUUUGAGCGGCAUUCUCAGAGCUUUCAAUCGCUCGUGAAGGCGCAACAGAAGGCUUCUCCGAAAAGCGCUCAUGCCCGAAAGAAGAAGAAGAAAAAGAAGAAACAGCAGCAAUCAAAAAGGUCCACGUCAAGUAGCUUGGAUUCGUAUCUGAGCUUUGCUAGCAACUCUAGACCGAAUUCUGGAUCAUUAACCAGUUCGUCCGGUACUCCGAUCUCAAGCCAAUCAUCGUCGAAGUCGUCGGGUGAUUUCUCCGAUAAAUCCGCGGCCAAGUCGGAGACCUCGACGUUGAAGAGGAAGGCCGAUCGCGGGCCACUGAAGGUGUCGAUCAACGAGACGGCGGAACUGAUUGAGGAUCGUAACGAGAAAUUGUCCAGUAGCGACGAACGAUCUCGCAGUGAUAACGUCACUGCCGAAGAAUGAAUUGAACCAAUAAUUCUAAUUAUCGUGAAAUAUUAUUCUGAAUGUCAGGUUCCUACGUUUGACUAAUUAUGAUUAGAUAUUACGACAAUUAGCUAAGCUUUGAUUAGCUAACCAAGACGCAGUUUGAAAAUAUCUGAAGAAAAAGUUUUUUAUCUAUUCAACUUUUAUAAUUACUAUUUAUAUAUUAAACUGCAUUUUAUAUCUUUACUACUUUCAUAUAUAUAUAAUUAUUUAUAAUAAGGGUAUAAGUCUAGCUAAGUUUCUGAUAUGUUGAUACUUGUCGAGAAAGAACGGUUCUGAAUUCUGAGUUAAUCGAAGAAU